ACGUCGCGGAGAGCGGUCGCCGUGCGGUCACAUAUCGCUAUCGCUAGGUUUCACUUCGCAACUUUAGAAAAAAAUCUGAAAAAGUGAUCGAACGUUCCAGUGCAAGUGUUAUUAGAAUGAUGUCUAGUUGAGGACGAGACUGAAGAUGCAAGCCAUGAGCGCCAACACGAGUGCGCCGCGUGCGCCGCAGCGGUCCCCGUUCGCGAUACAAGAGCUGCUGGGACUAUCGGACGGACGAGAUGCUCGCGACCGGUACCUCGAGAGCCGCGAUGACCGCGUCCUGAACCUUUCCGAGGGCCGCGAGGCACGCGGUUACCCGCCCCAGUUCCCGCUGCCGGCGGCGAUGGCCAGCCGCGUAGCAUACGCCGCCGCUUUCAACGCACAGGCCGCCGUAGCGGCCGCCUUCCUCCCUGGACCUCCGCUGCUGCAUCCGCCGCCCGGCUUCCCGCAAAUGAAGUCGCCCUACAGUCCCUCCGCGCAACAUCACCUCACAGCCGUCCGACAAUUUUACUCAGGUGUGUCGUCUUUAGAAGCAGCGAAAGACUUCACGGUCGACGGUUUGACCGCCUACAACGGGAAGAAGAAAAAGAAAAAAAGGAGACAUAGCCGGACCAUUUUCACGUCGUACCAACUGGAUGAGCUGGAGAAGGCGUUCAAGGACGCUCACUACCCCGACGUGUACGCGAGAGAGAUGCUCUCCCUCAAAACAGACCUGCCCGAGGACAGGAUACAGGUGUGGUUCCAAAACCGACGUGCGAAGUGGCGCAAAACGGAGAAGUGCUGGGGCCGGUCCACCAUCAUGGCGGAGUAUGGCCUCUACGGCGCCAUGGUGCGUCACUCGCUCCCGCUGCCCGAGACCAUCCUGAAGAGUGCGAAAGACAACGACAAUGUCGCCCCGUGGCUGCUCGGUAUGCACCGCAAAUCUCUUGAAGCGGCGCAGCACCUGAAGGAGUCAGGGUCGGAGCGCGAAGGCUCGGAGGCCGAAGGAGAGCGGGCGCCUUCAGCCUCCCCCCACUCCCCUCACUCGCAUCGCCACGACCCGCACGACGCACAGGCACAGAGCUCUCCGGGCAGUAGCACAACAGCGUCGUCUGGGGCGAAGGGUCGGACUUCACCCGACGGUCGCGACGUUUACGAAGACCCGGAAGCCUUCCGCAACAACAGCAUCGCCUGUCUUCGAGCAAAGGCGCAGGAGCAUCAUGCGCGUCUGCUCUCCAGCAACCUCCUUCUUCAGCUGUAUGAGCGGCGAGACUGUCCACAGGUGCGCGGGCUGCGGGCCAGCGCAGAGGAGGACGGGGACCGGCAGGACAUCGACGUGGGCACCGAGCAGCCGCUCUACUGACCCCCGGCUCCUCUGGCGCCGCUGUAAUUAUGUACAUUCUAGCCUAUUUAACGUUUCCCACUUUUCGUGCAAUACCUUUAGUUAAGUAUUUAUCUGUUUAGCGUUGUGUUAGCGUUGUAUAAAGUUGCGGCGACUCGCCAUUUAGCACUAAAUGUACUUAUUAGGCUUAAGGCUCCGGAUUAUCGUCGGUUCAACGAAUUUUCUUUCGUAGCGUAUACAAAGUUAUCAUAUUUUUAUAGUUUGGGAGAUCGGACAUUCCAUGUUUUGCGAGACGAAGUGUUCCGCUGUAUAUUCUUAAAUUGUAACGAAAAUGUAAAUUUAUUGUGGAAAGACUAAGACAAAUAACAUAAUAAGGACAUUACCAAAAACGACAAAUUAACGCAUUCAUCGGUUUGUCAGUAUUUUUACUAAACUAAUUUUAUUGUAGUUGCGAUGAUUUUAAUAGACAGGUUCGUUUCUUGCGCAAUAAUUAUAUUUUAGUUGAAUUGCGCCAUUAACGAGGUCUAUCGCAUAUUUUGUUCUAUUAUCAUUCAUUGGUUGUGAAUUGUGAUGACCUCAGAUUAUAGACUUGUCAGCUGUCAACAUGAUAUUUCUCUUACCUUAGUUCUUCAAAACGGCACGAUGCUUUCAAAGGGCCUAAUUGAAAUCAACAUGAUUUUGUCGGCGACAUUUUUAUUAUCUUGUAACGCAAUUAAGUUAUCUUAAUUUAGCCUAAUUAAGAAGUAAAAAAAUGUAAAUUAAGACAAAUGCGCACUCACAGUACUUAUUAUUGACGAAUAAAAAUUUGGCCUAAAGAAGUCACUGAAUGUACGCGUUACUAAAGCCCUGUUAACUUAUUAUAAGAUACGGACUGGCCGCGGACAGCGAAACCUUUUAAAAGACGGAUGGGAAUUUUGUACAAAACUUGUUAAAAUUUGUAGAAACUAUGUAAACGAGUCAAAAUAUCUGUUCAAAAAUUCGUUCAGCCGCGUCUGUAGCCUCGUAAAAUAUAAUUACUACAUACCUGUAUUAUUGUAAGCAAAAUGUUUGUUUAAAUUUGUUGAGAAGCUCUCAAAAUAGCAACUUCAAUUCAAUUAACAGGGCUUUCGCAACAAUUGUAUAGACUAAAAAUAUUCUGAUAUUCGGCGUUGUGAUAAAUUGUUG